AUCGAGUCGAGCUAAGAUGCCUCGGCUUAUGCACCCACGUUUUCCCCGCAAAACCCCUGGCAGUCGAUGGCAGCAGGCACGGCCGCUAUUUAGCAUCCACAUUCCCAUACUCACCAUGCGGUUACAUAUAGCUUCAUUGUUGCCAGAAGCACACUACUCAGACCGAACUUGGCGUUAUCCGACGUGACCUACCCCAUCUACUUGCAUUCAUCAACCGCACGUCACUACAGCCUACGCCAUCAUGUCACCGCCGGCACUGCAGACGCCGCUUUCGAAGUUGCUGGGCAUCCAGUAUCCGAUUAUCCUCGCCGGCAUGGCGCGCACCUCUGGUGGCCCCCUCGCGGCUGCCGUGUCAAACGCUGGUGGCUUAGGUGUAAUUGGUGGUCUCGGAUACACGCCGGAACAGCUCCAAUCGAUCAUUGACGACCUCAAGUCAAACCUCCGAGACAAGAGCCUGCCCUUCGGUGUCGAUCUCGCACUCCCACAAGUCGGCGGCAGCGCACGCAAGACGAACCAUGACUACACGCAUGGACAGCUCGACGAUCUUAUCGAAGUCACAAUCAAGAAUGGCGCAAAGCUGUUUGUUAGCGCUGUUGGUGUACCGCCCGAGCGGACGAUCAAGAGGCUUCACGAAGCAGGCAUUUUGAUCAUGAACAUGGUCGGACACCCCAAGCACGCGAAAAAGGCACUAGAUGCAGGUGUGGAUAUCGUAUGCGCCCAGGGUGGAGAAGGCGGAGGACACACCGGCGACAUUGCGAACAGCAUCCUAAUACCAUCCGUCGUGGACGUCGCGCGCAAAUACAAGAGCCCGCUCACCGGCCAGCCAGCCAUUGUAGUGGCCGCGGGAGGCAUCUACAAUGGCCGCAGCCUGGCAAGCAGCUUGAUGCAAGGCGCACAGGGCGUAUGGGUUGGCACGCGAUUCGUGGCAUCAACUGAAGCUGGCUGCUCGCAAAUGCACAAAGAGAACGUGGUCACCGCCGACUUCACAGACACCGGCCGGACACUCGUUGUCAGUGGCCGACCGUUGCGUGUCAGGUACAACGACUACAUCAAAGAAUGGCACGAGCGCGAGGACGAGAUCAAGAAGCUGACGGAGGCGGGUAUUGUGCCGCUGGCGAAGGACAUGGACGAUGGAAAGGACGUGGAUAUCCCGUUCCUGAUGGGCCAGGUUGCGGGGGUUAUCGGCGAUAUCAAGCCUGCAAAGGAGAUUGUGGACGAGAUGGUGCAAGAGGCGAUCGACAUGCUGAAGCUAGGCCAGACGUACAUUGGAGGGCCGAGUAGUAAACUGUAGGUAAUAAUUGUAGAUUUAUUUGUAUUUUGAUAAUGGUGCCUCGCAUCUCGGUCCCUGUGUUGAUGUGUAACACAACGUUGGAAGAAGCGCAUACAUGCAUCCGGCUCUUGGUCGAAGAACACAUUGCACAAACGUUAU